AUGGCCGAGCUGCGAACGCAGCUAGGUGAGGAUGACGAUGAGGAUGAGCCGGAGUACUUGCAGUUCAAGGUAAUCCUUCUUGGUGAUGGUGCUGUUGGAAAGACUUCGAUGGCAACACGAUUCUGCGAGGACCACUUUGCCAAGCAGUACAAGCAAACAAUAGGUUUGGACUUCUUUGUGAAGCGAGUGGUUCUGCCAGGCGACAUUCAUGUAUGUCUGCAGAUUUGGGACAUCGGUGGCCAAUCCAUUGGCGGCAAAAUGUUGAGCAACUACAUUUAUGGCUCCAGUGCUGUCGUGCUGUGCUAUGACAUUACGAACUACCAGAGCUUCCAACAUUUGGAGGACUGGCUGUUCCUGGUUAAGCGCACCUUCGACAAGACACCGCUCCCGUAUAUUGCGUUAAUGGCGAACAAGCACGACCUGGCGCACAUCCGAGCUGUCAAAGUAGACAAGCACAAUCAGUUUGCGGAAGAGAAUGACUUGUACAGCUAUUUCGUGUCCGCAAGGACAGGAGAUCAGGUUCAUGCAUCGUUUUUCCGCAUCGCCGCAGAUCUUGCAGGUGUCACCUUGACGAAGCCCGAGCUGGAGGUUGCGCAAAAGCCAACCAAGGCCGAGCUGGUAAACCAUCCCAGAAACGAUCCCGCGCAUCCUGAGGCCAACGCGGACGACAUAGCCAAAGAGAAGAAGUGCUCCAUCAUGUAA